UAAAUGGAUGGAUCAAGUUGCCAAAUCUCAUUCAUAUAAUCCUUUAUGGUUACAACUACAAGAUAUAUAUGGUGCAACUAAUUAUAAACCAAAAGUAACAAGAAUUAUAGUGACUGGGAAGAAAAUGAAUAUAAUUUAUAGAUUUCUGUUUGUGCUCAGUUAUUUUAUUCGGUGUUGUGAUGUGUACGACCAAGAACAAGAAAUGGUAUUUCUUCCAGAAAAUUAUAUUUGUUUGGAUACAAGGCAUUCACCAGUAAAAAGACCAAAUACUGCUGGAUCUCCAGUUGUUUUAAACAAAGAUAAAGUCCAUGAUGUUGAACCUAUUGUUAAUUACGUUUCUGACAGCUGUGAAAAAUAUGACAGAGAACUUCAAAAUGAAACUCUAGAUAUAAAAGAUAUGCCUGAGAGUUUAAAAGUAAAAUGCCAACCACUUAAAACAGAAAAUGGUAUUAUUUCAGAAAUUACACUUGUAAAUGAUCUUUGUGAGAAUGGUGCAAUGGCUGGAAAAAUUUCAAAGCAAAAGGAGGAGAAAAAAAUCUUUAGAUGAUAAGGUGAAGCUACAAAAAAUUUUAUGUUGGGAAAAAUUUCAUUCAAAUCAUAAGAAUUCUGUUUUAGCCAAUCAUAAUUCUAAACAGUUAGACAGAAUAUUUAAAGAGAAGCAAAAUGUGGAGUUUUUCAUUGGAGAAAAUCCAAAAAUUGACCAACAAAUACGAAAUAAUUUCGCUACAAAAGAAGAAAGGUUAAAGUGGCACGACUUUGUAUGCCAGGCAAAUCAUUUCUUGUGUAAGGAAUGCAAAGAUAAAGAUUUCUGUGAGUUUUGUGAACAUUUCAGAAAUUCAAAUGUGUAUAAUGAUAAAUCAUUUCAAGACUUGCUUUCUUCUGUGGAAAGUAUGCUUUAUGACAGCAAAGAUCCACUUGCAAAUAAGUCAAUGAAAAAUAUUAAUGAGAUUGAAAAUAUGAAUAAAAAGCAUAAGUAUUCAAAUCAUCCUGAAGAAGGCAAAUUAGUCUGUUCAUUACCUUAUAAAAUAGAUCAUGUUAUAGAUAAUUCAAAUUUGUUUGCAAAUCCUCUUUUCACUGUUAAUGAGAUUGAAGAAAAUGAUGAUAAUGCUACAUCAGAAAAUGAUACGCAUUUAGAAAAGUCAAAAACUGCAAAUCAAGAUAUUCCAUUAAAUAAAGAUAAUCAAACAUUUAUUCAAUCUAUUGAUGAUAGCAAAUUAUUUAUGCAAGAAUAUCAUAAUCUUAGAUUUACACCUCAAAAAUCUAUAGGUUUUACUCUCACUAAUGAACAGGAUGCUAAAUCAAAAUUAGAAGUAAAUUGUGACAACUAUUGCAUUAGAUCGGAAAGUCCAGAAGAAGGUUAUCAUAGUAUGGAAGAUACCAAACAAAAUCAGACAGAAUUUUGUUUGAAAAACACUAAUACAUCUUUUCAGGUGGAGGAACUAUUUGAUAAUUUACCAAAUCGCUUGGAAAUGCCAUUUUUAAGGAUCAAAGAAAGAGAACACAAAAAAGAAAAUGUUUAUAAAAGUUUAGGAUGGUCUUUAAUGGCUGGAAUUAAUGAUCAUUUUAUGCCAUGUUUCUGUUUACAAGGAAUACAUGGAGAUUUUAGAAAUAAAUUAAAUCAUAGAAAUCUCAGGGAUGAAAUUGUUGAAGAUUUAGUGGCAUCUGCCAAAUUCUCAUUUAUUGAAGAUGAAGUAUCUGAAGCACUGUGUAUCUUGGCUGAUACUGAUCAUUGGUAAGUUGUAAU